AUGACAUCAACAGCAGCACCAACCAACCUCAUCGUCGUCUGCUGCCACGGCAUCUGGACCGGCGGCCCCACCAACGGCCGCGCCGAGUCCGAGUGGCUCAUCGCCGACUUCCAGACCGGCGAGACCCCGACGUUUGUCGAGCACAUCAAGGCCGGGCUGACGGCGCUGCGGGACGGGUACCCGGCUUCCGCGCUCGUGUUUUCGGGAGGUCCGACACGCAAAGAAACACCCCUCUCCGAAGCAGAAUCCUACGCCAACCUCGCCGCCGCAAACGCCUACUUUGGCAUCCUCUCUCCUCCCUCGUCUUCCUCUCCUAUUUGUCCCUCCCCCUCCUCAUCAUCAUCACGUCCCAUAACAUCUUUCAUCCACACCGACACCCUCGCCCUAGACUCCUACCACAACAUCCUCCACUCCCUCCUCCUCUUCCGCCGCCUCUACGGAACUUACCCUCGGACCCUCACAGUCGUGAGCCACGCCUUCAAGAGGCCGCGCAUCGUCGACGGCCACUGCGCUGCUAUCGGGUUUCCCUUGGAUCAGGUUCGGUAUGUUGGGAUCGAUCCGCCCGGGAUGAAGGGAGCUGGUGCUGGUGCUGGUGCUGCCUCGGUUACCACAACUGGCGCCGCUGGGGCGGAGAUCAAUGAGGAGAACCACGGCAACGAUGGUGGUGGUAAUGGUUCCAAAGCUGGAGCCAUCGCGGGCGUAAAACACGCCGCGGACGAGUGGACGAUUGACCCGCACGGCGUUGGGCCGAGUCUAGCGGGCAAGAGGAGGGCGAGGAAUCCGUGGGGUUCGGAAGAUACCCUUUUCGCGAGCGAGGAGGAGAGGAGACAGAGUGGUCUCGUCACCAGGAUCAUAGAAGGGCACGAGGCACUCGUGGAAGAUGCAAAGAGGCCGUGGGCUUAA